AUGGAGGUCGAUAGAGUAAUUCCUUCUCAAUUUGUUUACCCCUCAAGCAAAACGGGGGAGUUUGUUCCUGCUGGGUUGGACCAGGCGGAGGGUUUCUAUCACGGGCCUCCAGCAGCAGCAGCAGCAGCAGGAGCAGCGGCAGAAACAGCAGCUGAUCCUCUCCCCCCAAUGCCAGAAUUUGUUUACCCGUCCUCUGUAGAGGUAGGGUCACCUCCUCCCCCUACCCCUCCAUAUGAUUUAGGGGGCCCCUGGGCGCAGAAACGUAUUAUAGUACCGCCCUCUCCUUCUUCGUCGGAGCGCAUGCAUAUGUAUGGGGCUGUACCGCCCCGGUCGUGGGCGGAUGCAGCGAAGGAGUUUCUGGGUAGUUUCAUGGAGAGUCUCCAGGACCGUCAGCAGCAGCUGCAGCAGCUGCAGCAGCAGCAGCAGCAGCAGCAGAGGCAGGUGCAGCAGCAGCAGCAAAUGCUGUAUACAAGAGGAAAUCAUCCUCAUAGUGGAAUUGAGGGUUUUGUUGUUGACGCUCCCCCUCAGCUUGUGUAUAACCAUGUGGUGUAUGUACCGCACCAUACACUGCCUCCUGCUGCUGCUGCUGCUGCUGCAGCAGUAGAACUAAAGCGACAACCCUAUGUAAAUAUAUCUACGAUUGCUGCUGCUCCUCCUCCUGUGCAGCAGUAG